AUGGCACAAAUGCAAUGUGAAUUUACACGUGCUGUGGAAGCUCUAGAGAAACAAGUCACAGCUUUACGUCAUCACAAUACGUUACUAACAGUAAAAUUAACUCAAACUAAAGAGGAGCAGAAUCAAUGGACAGUGGAAGCUUCCGAGACAAUUCAACAAUUACAACGAGAGCUAGAGAUUCAAGCACAAGAAGCGCUUGAGAAACAGCAACAGGCUAUGGAUCAACAGGAAGCAUUGAGUCUUGAAGUAGCAGCAUUGAAGAGUUUAUUACAACAGGAGACAGAUUAUUGGACAAGAUCAAGUCAAGCAAGUCGUCAAGAUCGAGAUCAAUUGAUGACUCAAUUCAGUCAAGUUCAGACCGAAAACGCACAGUAUUUACAAGAGAAUAAGACCUUACAAAGGGAGAUCAAGGUGUUGCAAAACCGACUUGAUACAGCUGUUGCUACGAGUAAGAGUUUUGAACAACGAUUGGUUCUUGUGGUCAAGGAGAAGCAAGAAUAUGUGGAAACAAUGGAAUUGCAAUUGAAUCGAUAUCGUAAGAAACUACAUGAUAAGCGAAUGCAGAAGAAAUAUUUGACGGAAGCUUUGGUGAGGUUGCAAGAACGAGAGAGUACGAGAGAAGAGCGAGUUGCCAGGACGAUGGAUACAACAGGUGCGGCUGAAGGAGUGAAAUCGAAGGGAAGGACGGUGGAUGGACAAGAAAAGCAACGGCGUGUGAAGAAGAGAGAAUUGACUUUACUGGAUGAGAUGAAGGCAGUGACGAAUGGGACGAUGGGUACGAGUAAAAGGAUCGGGUCAUCUCGAACGGGGACAUCACCAACGACGUCAUCACCUGAGAUUUCACCACGAUCGGCACGUUCAGCACCGUAUAAACGUGCGCCAUCCGUGGCAACGACAACACCAACAGCAUCUGAUGGUAAUAGCUUCAAUAGCAGCAGCAGUGGCAGUUUGCGGAGUAUGCGGAGUUUACGAAAUGUGACAGGACGUCGCAUAAGUAGCAGAAGCAGCAGUGACAGUGACAACAUUGAUGUCAGCCCCAGAUAUAAUGUAGCACACCGUCAAGGAGUAAAUCCAACGGGAAGACUAGAGCGUGAGCUUAGUGGUCUACGACGAAAACUUGACUCGUGUAUGGCGGAUACGGCUGCACGGUGGUAG